UGCACCGACACUUGCUAUGAACAAUUACAGGCAGCAUUUUGUUUACGUGGUAGGCAAGACCAACAGUCGACCGAGCACAAUUGCUCAUAAUAUAGACAUAUUAGAAGUAUUCAUUUAAGAAAAAACGAGAAAGGAGAACAUUUUUAAUCUAAAAAAGAGGACUUUAUUCACACACAUAAGACUCUACGAACAAAGUGUCACAUAAUGGACCCAAAACAGGAGAUUGAAGAGGCACUAAAAGAUAUUCAGUUUCAUUAUAACUGGGAUAUUGAAAAAACAUCUAAAUCUUUUCAGUCAAUAAAACAGUCAAUAGAAGAGCACUUACAGGAUAUAGAAUCGUUUAAAAUCGAGGUUCGUCUUUUAGAAAGCUAUUUAUAUAUGUCAAAUUGUAAAGGACUUAGUGAGGUUGACAUUUCUAAAGCAAGAAAGAAAAACAAUACAGCAUUUGCUUUGAUAGAACGAUUAGAUGAUGGACCAAUCAAAGAUGGUUACAAAUCGAUAUGUUUGGCAAUGCGCUGUUGGUUUUCAGUAGAAAAAGACCAGCCUGAUAUUUCAAGUUUUCAGGAUCUUAAACAUCUUCUUAAAAAAUAUCAGGACGAAGUUGAUAAACGUAAAUUUCAAGCAAGUAUCUGUGUAACUAAAGCGCUUGCUCUUUCCAAGUUGUCAUUUUCGAGAUACAAUGAAAGUGAAAGACUGUUGGUUAAAGCAACUGAGACAUCUCCCACUAAUGCGGAGUGGCUAUUUAUGCUUGGACUCAUUAAGUUUCGAAGAUGUAGAAUCAAGUUGAAAAAGGAUCAGUAUUCUUCAAAUCUAAUCGAAGUUGAACGGAUUAUGAAAAACGUUUUGGAACUAAAAUGGGACCACGCUUAUGCUAUGGUAAUUUUAGCAGAUAUACAAAGAAGAAAAUACGAAGAAAAAGUAUACAAGGAUAAAACCCAGAGCUCAAAGACCAACGUGUCCAAUUUUGUAUCCGAGAAUGAUUACGAUGGUAAGGUCAUUUCUUUGCUUACAUGGGCAACAGACAACGCAUCCAGACCAAAGAUAAUGAGCUUAGUAGCUCAAUGUUAUAUCCGUAUGGGUUGUUAUAUGUCUAAAGGAAUUAAACGAAACUCUCAACAGACAUCUCAAUUAAUAUACUUUCAAAAAGCCCAUGAUGUAAUCGAUUUAGCUAAGAAGAAAUUUACACAUGUAACUGCUGAAGAGGUUGUUCCUUACAGGGAACAGGGAAACGUAGAAGAGUUAACAUUUGCAUGUGUCAUUGCCCAGGAAGCAGUUCUUUACAGGGAACAGGGAUACACAGAAAAAGAGUUAGAAUGUCUUGAUGAAGUGAUCAGGAGGAAACCAUCGAAUGUCGGAGCUAGAAUACAAAAAGCACAAGCAUUACUAAACACCGGAAGACGCCCCGAAGCUUUUGAACUGUAUGAUAAUCUCCUUGCUGGAUUUAAAGAUCAUCCAUUUGAUCUAUUUGACAUCAACCGAAAUUACGCCUCAAGUCUGGCAGUAAUGUAUAACUUUGACGAGGCUUAUAAAAAAAACAAGGCAUGUUUAAAAAUAGCCCUUGAUUCAUUUGUAAAAGAAAAUUCAUCAGAACAAGCGGGAAAAGAGGUGAAAUUUAUAGAAGAGGAAGAGGAACAAGUUCAGAAAGUCAUUGGACAUAUAAAAAAACAUUUUAAUUUGGUUAAAAGGCGGUCAAAGAAAAUAUCAGAAAAAAUUAAUUCAACGCUAGAACUUGCCAAGUUUCACGAAAAAAUUGGACGUUAUAAAGACGCCUUUUCAGACUAUAAUGAAGCAUUACUUUAUCUUCCGACAGGAGAAAAUCACGACAAAAAUCAAGAAAUUGACAUUCUUCUUAAAAUAACUAAUGUACAUAUAAAGUUAAAUGAUCUCAGUAACGCUGAAAAAAUGUUGGAAGAAAUUAAAGAUGUGGAAGAAAAACAUAAAGACAAUAUUAAUAAACUUAUAGAUUUAGAAAUAGAUUUAGAAGUAGCUAAAGGUGAAGAGGAUGCAAAAUCAGGAGAACAUACCAAAGCUAUAGACCACUUUGCAUGUGCAACAAAGAUGGGUAGUGUAGAGGGUGCGAAGAGAUUAUUCAGAGAAAUUCAAGAAGAACCAAAUCAUCAGGACUUCAUCAAGAAUUGUGCUUUAGUUAAAAAAUGUAUCAUGCCAACCAGUGAAAAUGGGUCAAUGCUGGAUGACCUUAAUGAGCUUGUGCGUUCCUAUGAUGAUGGAUGUUUAAAAUUAAUGCAUUCAGAGUUACAAAAAAUACGGGAAUGUCAACUUGAAAUGGAAUAUGGCUAUUUAUUGGCUCCUGAAAACACUGAAAAUAUUGCUACUGUGAUUCACAAAUGUCGUAGCAUUUUAAACUAUGUAAUGAUAAUGUUUAGAAACUGCAAUUACCCAAAAGCGAAAAACAAAGAUAAAUGGAAAGACGACUGUGACUUUUUUAUAGUGCAUAAAAAGCCCAAAGAAAAAGAAAUACAAAGAAAUAUAAUUAAGCAAAGAAUUGUCAAGAGAGUAAAAGAUUAUGGAUGGACAAACUUUGAUACUGACUUUUCAGACUUACUGGAUUAUCUUGUGUCGAUUCAGCCUCUAACCGACCCUAAGAACAACUGGAUUAAAGAAUUAAUCGAUCUGGAUAACGUUGUGAAACACAAACAACCCCUACAAGAAGCUACCAAGUCUAUGGAUAUUGCAAGGAAUGCAUGUUGUCAUAUAAGGCCCAUUUUAGAAAAAUUCUGCAAAUUUUUUGAUCCACAAGCGACAUCACCACCACAAACCAAACCAUCAUCGCCGUUGUUGCCAGCUUAGUCGUUACUGCUGUUGUAGUUGUCGUUGUCGUCAGUAUCAUCAUCGUCUUCGUCAUCGUCAUUACUGGGUUUUAUUAAACCUUUCCAUUGUUCUUGCCAUCAGCAGUAUCAUAAUGUACCGGUAGCCAUCAUCAAAAUGGACAUUUCCGGAGUGUCAAUCAAACUUAACAACUGACCAAUCAUGACAGGGGAAGGAAUACGUGCGUGAACUAGCAAGCACACAUGCUGCCCCAAAAACGCAAGUGUCUGCGUAUGCUUCUUACUGUCUUUUUGUGGGACCUUAAUAACGAUAUCCAAGACGUAGUGCUUAGAGUAAAGGUCUAUUACCGUUUUAUUAUCACCAUCAAAAUCAUUAUCAUCAUCGUCGUCAUCACCAUCAUAUCGCCACCAAUGUUGUUGUCGUCAUGAUACGUACCGUCAAAACAAAAUCACUUAUUUUUACAAAACAUAGAUUAUUUAUAAUAAUAAACUACACAAUUUCUUUCCGAGCUUAUAAACUUUAUUCUAUAAUUAUAUCCCAUUAUUGAAAUUAAUAAUCAAUGAUUAAUCUUACUACUGUAUUCCAAUUUAUCAAAUUUACUUAAGUAUGCUUUUCGUUAUUUUACAUUAUUUUCCUUGUUCCAGGCAUUAAGAAUUACAAAAAUAUUAUUAUAAUAUAUGACCAUUAUUAAUUCAUUACUGGUAUAAUUUAUACCUUGAUGUAAGAGAUAAAAAAAAUGUUAUAGUUACAUCCCUGAUGCAGAUAUGAAGGAACAAAUAAGGCAUGCACUGUCAGUUAAUUAUUUGUCAGACUCAGUAAACACUAUUCAAUCAGAUUGAUGAAUCGUUAGACCUCUGAUAGGCAGAUGGAUUUGUUUGAUCAGACCUCUGAAGCUGAGUAUAUUAUUGCCACUCAUUGCACUCUGAAACCCACUCUUAAUGUUCGUUGAUAUAGUUUAACUCUAUAAGAUCAGACUUAAGACUCGUUAAGAUUAUUGUUUAAGUAAGCUCUCAAAAGUGCCACUAAACAGAGUUUGUGCUAUGUAAUUGUUUUGGCACAUUGCACGUUUAUCAAAAUGUCUAAUUGUCCUGACAAAAUACUAAUAGACUUGUAGACUACUAUUCUUGAGUUUUUCUAUAUUAUCCAGAAUAUACAACUAUCGGUCGUUGUAUAUGUGUGGAUUACCCACAACAGAUGUUAUUUGACAAAAUCACAAUAUUAUGAGAACAUUGCAAGUAAUCUAAAAAUGGACGAUAAUGCUGUUUUUGAUCAAUUUACUUCAAUAGGUUGAAUAUCUUUUAGGCACAGAUAAUUUUAGAACUUGAAAAAAUAUAACUAUUUUAUAAAUAUAAUUAUUAUAACGAACAAUCGAAUAAGCGUCGGCCGUUUUUAUAUCUUAAUCAAGUAUACAAGUCAGCCAUGAGCAUCUUCGGAUUGAAUGAGCAUUAAAAUAAGUGCUAAUGAACUUUCACACCUAACUUUUACCGCUAAGGAAACAAGGGUAAGUCAAACAUAAUCGGUAAUCUUAUGAUCCUUACGUACCACAAUGUAAGAAUCAACAGAAAAAUGACAAUGUGAAAAUGUUGCCAAUUUUCGCAAAAACGUAAAAGGUAAUUUUUUUUUUUUUUUAAAUAGGGCUAUUCUCAUUUUCGGUGGUUUUAUGUUCUGUGACACCUACAUGUACUUUAGAAAUGUGAUUUCUAUUGUUUUUUUUAUUAUUAUUAUUCAAGGUCUCGCUCUACAUUUGGCUAUUAUUACUAGAAAACAGAUAGCCAGGAUUUGACUCAUCUGAACACAGAGGGGAAGCAGUGCGACCCCUAAGUCAUGAAUGCACUGAAUCUUGCUCUCUUCCCGAGUGCCAGUCAGUUGAAUGGUACCUCCUCCCCGAUGUCUUGUACUCGCAUAGUGCUGCCAAUACAGUGCACAGUUUUAUGUAAUUAAACGUUAUGGAAACUUA